CGCCCCCAGCGGCCGCCGAGGGUCGUUGCGGGGCCGCCGAGACGGACAUGGCUUCGGCGGGAGGCGGCGACUGUGAGGGUGCCGGGCCCGAGAGCGAGCGGCCCCAGCCGCGGCCCUUUCUGAUCGGGGUGAGCGGCGGCACGGCGAGCGGCAAGUCCACGGUGUGUGAGAAGAUCAUGGAGCUGCUGGGCCAGAACGAGGUGGACCACCGGCAGCGCAAGCUGGUCAUCCUCAGCCAGGACCGCUUCUACAAGGUGCUGACGGCGGAGCAGAAGGCCAAGGCCCUGAAGGGACAGUACAACUUCGACCACCCGGAUGCUUUUGAUAAUGAUUUGAUGCACAAAACCCUGAAGAACAUCGUGGAGGGAAAAACUGUGGAGGUCCCCACUUACGAUUUUGUGACCCACUCAAGGCUGCCGGAAACCACAGUGGUGUACCCAGCGGACGUGGUUCUGUUUGAGGGCAUCUUGGUGUUCUACAGCCAGGAGAUCCGGGACAUGUUCCACCUGCGUCUCUUUGUGGACACCGACUCGGAUGUCAGGCUGUCUCGAAGAGUGCUCCGGGACGUGCAGCGGGGCCGGGACCUGGAGCAGAUCCUCACGCAGUACACCACCUUUGUCAAGCCCGCCUUCGAGGAGUUCUGCCUACCAACUAAGAAGUAUGCCGAUGUGAUCAUUCCUCGGGGCGUUGACAACAUGGUCGCCAUCAACCUGAUCGUGCAGCACAUCCAGGACAUUCUCAACGGUGACGUGUGCAAGCGGCACCGAGGAGGAGCCAACGGGCGCAACUUCAAGAGGACCUUCCCCGAGCCCGGGGACCGCCCCGGGGUGCUGGCCUCCGGCAAGCGGUCCCACCUGGAGUCCAGCAGCAGACCCCACUAAGGGGCCCGAGUGCGGCCAGGGCGCUCACCUGCUCUGAACAGGUAGCUGGGCCUCCCGGGCGGCGUCAGGACCCAGGCCUUUCUCCUGAGGGCGGAUUCGUUCCCACAGGGCCAAGCAUUCCACGUGCACUGCUCCCUCUGGCCGAGGGGGGUGGAUGACCCCUUGGGGUGGCCUGAGGUGUUGCUUCCCAGGGCAGCAGGCCCCGGCUGGCCUGGUGUCAGGAAGGAGUCCACAUUGAGCCGUGGCUCACAUGCACAGCACCGAAGCGCACUUUGAGCCAUUUUCUUUUUCCUAAUGCAAAGUCAGUUGGGCCCCAAACCUGGUUCAGGAAGCCAGCCAGGCUGGGGCCCACCAAGCAAGCGAGCGAGCAAGCAAGCGCUGACCUGAACCUUGGACGGAUUGGUCCCGGACUCCGGGCCUAACCACACUCACUGCAGGCAGCAGCAGCACACGCGAGGCGGGGCUCCCGGCAGCAGCGGUGGAGCAAUGGCUGUGGUUGUCCAGUGCAGUGGACAGCAGGGCAGGCCGCCUCCAGCCCCACAGAGACACGGCCUAAUGCCAGAUGGUCUCGGGCGUGUCACACUGGAACACGUGGCCUCACCAGCAAUGCGUUUUCACUCCCAGGCAGCCAAGGCCCUUGCCUUCCGGUUGUG